AUGGAAAGGGCAGGGUUUUGUUACAGGGAAGUGCUGCCAUUUGUAGCGGUGAUUAUAUCGCUGGGCUCCAACGUUGGCGUAACCACAGCGUUUAAAGCAGCAGCAUCUCAAGGAAUUAGCUAUCGUGUCUUCAUGGUCUACGCUCAUUCUCUAGCUGGUCUGGUUCUCCUUCCUUUCGCCUUCAUCUUCGAAAGAAAGAAAAGACUUCCUCCGCUCAACUUCUCUUUCAUCAACAGAAUUUUCCUCCUUGGGCUUAUUGGGUUUUUAGGUCAUACGUUGGGGUAUAUGGGUUUAGUGUACAGUACUCCGACUCUUUCUACAAUCAUCAGCAAUCUCACACCAGCGUUUACCUUUGCACUUGCCAUUAUUUUCAGUUGGACCCCUUAA